GGAAUAGAUUAUGCACGCUGACCACAAUUAGCCAGCUAGACAGGAUCUCCCAAGAAGGGUCGGUGCAAAAAACGUGCGCAUAUUGCUAGUUCAUGUGGAAUUUUAGACAUAAACCUAUCCAGCAGCUUUUUAAAAAAGAUUUCUCACUUCUUUUGGUAAGCAAUUAAAUAAUUUUGCACCAUGAAGUGACAGUGAGGAAGCAUCAGUUUCUAAAGGUUGCUAGCUAGAGAAAAAUGAAUUAAAAUGCUUUCCAUUCGUAAAAGUGCCAGAAAUUUGUUAAAUUUAAAGUUGAUUCCAAAAUGUGCUGCAUGGUUUUCUACAGACACAACUGAGAGUGGUGUGCCUUAUGCACAAAUUUUGAAGUCUGGGGAUGGUAAAACAACAACUUCAGCUGUCCCAACUCAAGCUGAUGCUGUCGUGAUUGGUGGUGGCUCCUUGGGUUGUUCGAUAUUGUAUCACCUUGCUAAAUAUGGAAUGACCAAUGUUGUCCUUUUAGAAAAAGAUCAGCUAACUGCUGGAACAACAUGGCACAGUGCAGGUUUGGUUUGGAGAUUACGACCUGCAGAUUUAGAUCUAGAAUUGUGCAACUACACUCGCAUUUUGGCAAGAGAUGUAUUGGAGAAAGAGACUGGACAGAGUCCUGGUUAUAAUGAGAACGGUGGACUCUUCAUUGCAAACAACAAGGAACGACUUAAUGAAUAUGAACGCUUGAUGACACUCGGAAAGGUGUAUGAUAUUGAAUCCUUUGUGCUGUCCCCAGAGGAAACAAAAAAAUUGUAUCCUCUAAUGAACAUUAGUGAUUUGUAUGGAACAUUAUACAGUCCUGGUGAUGGUACAAUUGACCCUGCAGGUUGGGCAUUGGCUUUGUCAAGGGGUGCGACAAAAAGAGGUGCUAUGGUCAUAGAAAACUGUCCUGUUACUGGUAUUGAAACAAAGGUUGAUGAAUAUGGAAAACGCAGCGUGACAGCUGUCAACACAUCGACAGGACAAAUCAAAACAAACUGUAUUGUGAAUUGUGGUGGGGUUUGGGCGCCAUAUAUUGGAGCUAUGUGCUCUGUGACUGUACCAUUGGUUGCAAUGAAACACGCCUACAUUGUCACUGAAAAGAUUGAAGGUAUAGAAAAAAUGCCUAAUGUGAGAGACCAUGAUGCCUCUGUUUACCUAAAACUUCAAGGUGAUGCCCUAUCGGUUGGUGGAUAUGAAUCAAACCCAAUUUUCUGGGAAAAGGUAAAGAACGACUUUGCAUUUUCCCUAUUUGACUUGGACUGGGAUGUAUUUAGCAGUAACAUUGAAGGGGCUAUAAAUCGAGUACCCAUUAUUGGUGAAACUGGAGUUAAAUCAACAGUCUGUGGCCCAGAAUCGUUCACUGCUGAUCACAAGCCACUAUUAGGACCUGACAAUGAUCUGCGAGGCUUCUAUCAUGGAUGUGGUUUCAAUUCAUCUGGCAUUAUGCUGGCUGGAGGGUGUGGUAAUGAACUUGCCAAGUGGAUCAUCCAUGGACAUCCAGAUCUUGACAUGUGGUCAUUUGAUAUCAGACGAUUUCACAAUUCAUUGACAAAGAAUGAGACAUGGAACCGAGAACGUAGUCACGAAGCAUACGCAAAGAAUUAUUCAAUGGUGUUUCCCAAUGAUGAACCUCUUGCUGCUCGUAAUAUGCGAAAAGAUCCAUUUCAUGAGGUUUUGGCAGAAGCAGGUUGUUUUUUUCAAGAAAGACAUGGUUGGGAGAGACCUGGCUGGUUUAGUAAGACAGAAAAACCUAAAUUGCUUCCUUAUGAUUGGUAUGGCAGUUACGAGGGGACACCUGCCCAUCAAGAUUACACUUAUAAUAAACUGUUAAAAGAUGAUUACACCUUUGGCUUUCCAAAGCACUUUGAUACUAUCGGUGAAGAAUGUCGAACAUGUCGCGAAAAGGUAGCUGCUUUUAAUAUGUCAUAUUUUGCAAAGUUUCUAUUGACAGGUCCGGAUGCUGCAAAAGCUGUUGACUGGAUCUUCACUAACAACAUGAGGAAACCACCUGGUUCUACUACCUACACUUGCAUGUUAAACAAACAUGGCGGCAUAGCUGCUGAUCUUACCGUGACCGUGCUCGAUACGAACGAUAAUUCUUCUUCCAUUUUUCCUAGUUUCGAUGGCGAUGGAUACUACUUAGCUAUCGGUGGCGCCAUUGGACAGCAUGCUUGGGGUCACAUCUCCGACGUUAUAUAUGAUCAGAAAUUUAACGUUGAAUUGAAAGAUAUUUCUGAGUCAGUUGGGAUGUUGAGUAUACAAGGCCCAAACAGCCGUGCUUUACUUGAAGAGAUUACUGGGGAAGACUUAAGUAAUGAUUCGUUUCCGUUUUCUACACAUAAAGUGGUGACCAUUGCGGGCCACAAGUUACGUGCGUUGAGAUUAACGUUCGUCGGAGAGAUGGGAUGGGAGUUACAUAUACCUGCAGAAAGUUGUGUGGAUGUGUACCGCGAAGUGAUGAAGGCUGGUGACAAAUAUGGAAUAAUCAACUCAGGUUAUCGAGCCAUCGACAAUCUUAGCAUAGAAAAAGGUUACCGUCAUUGGCAUGCUGAUAUACGUGACGACGACACACCUUUGGAAGCUGUACUUGGAUUCACAUGCAAGUUGAAAUCAGAUGUACCCUUCCUUGGAAGAGAGAAACUAGAACAGCAAAAGAAAGACGGCUUGAUGAAGAAACUAGCUUGUUUCACCAUUGACGAACACAAAGCAAUACUUGGACUAGAAGCUAUCUAUCGAAACAACGAAAUAGUUGGUUUUGUUCGUCGCGGUGGCUAUGGUUUUCAUAUUGGUAAAAGUAUUGCGUAUGGAUAUAUCAAAGAUCCAAGUGGAAACCCUGUUACAAAUGACUUUUUAAAGAGCGGAGAAUAUCACCUAGAAUUUAUGGGCGUUAAAUUUCCCGCCCAAUACCAUGCAAAAACACCCUUUGAUCCUAAAAAUGAAAGAAUUAAGGGAAACUAUUGAUACAUAUGACGAUUUUUUAUUUUUUUAAAACUUUUGUACAUCAAUUUAUAUUUGGUUCUUCAACCGUUUUUGGUGAUUAGUUUUAUAUUUAACAUGGGCGCACUAUUUAACACCUCAGCUCAGCCAAUCAGAGGUUUCUCAGAGAUAAAUACUAUUCACAUGAACCAUCUCGUUUACAUCAAGAGCCUUUAGGCGAGUAAAAUAUACGGGAACUAAAAAACGAAAAAAAUAUGACGAUAGUUUUUGAAAACAAGUGCGAUAAUUAGUUUAUCAUAUAAACCGAGCAUGAUACUCGACAGAUGAUUGUUCCAUUUUAAGUUGGUUGUAGGUAAAAAAUAAGAAUAUAGAAUUCGUGUAGAUUACCAAUCAAAAUGCGAGAAAACUCAACCAUAUGAUAACUAUUUUUGUUUUUAAAUAAUAGAAAUUAUAUAUUUGGAAGUAUUAAUGUUUUACUACGAAAUCUUUUGUAUUUUUUCGUUGAUUAUCCGAACGCCCUAUACA